AUGCAGGAUUCUCAGGCACCCAAGGACCCUCGGGUGACCGGCAAGGCAAAGAACGCAAGCGCAGAAGACAAAGGUUCGGCGUCCAAGAGACGCUGCGUCAGUACUGCUUGCAUUGCUUGUCGCCGGAGAAAAUCAAAAUGUGACGGGAACCUUCCAAGCUGCGCGGCCUGCUCCUCCGUCUAUCACACGACCUGCAUCUACGACCCCAACUCCGAUCAUCGUCGAAAAGGUGUGUAUAGAAAGGACAAUGGCACUGUACGAACGGCUCGGAAUACAACGUUGCAGACUAUCAUUCAGGCAAUCCUGAAUUACGGGGAUGAAGAGGAGGCAUUUGAGCUGGUGCGACAGAUACGGUCAUGCGACAAUCUGGAAGAUGUAGCAGAAUCGAUCGUGAAUCAGGAGAAAGGACUCGCAGCGUCUGCUAAUGCUGGGCCUGCCGACGAGGAUCUCACGCAUGCAGAUCGGUUCGAGUCUGAAUUAGCGGACAAGGUCAGCGAGCUCAUGUUGGACGGUUCUCGUAAAUUCAUUGGAGGCACUUCGAAUCUCAUCUUCCUACCACCCGGGUCGGAACUCUCCGAGCUUAAUACCGCCAAUGAACCUGGGCAUGGCGAUUUCGCGGUUGUCCAAUGGACGAAUGUCACGAAUGAUGAGCAGCUUAUCAGCCACCUUAUGACCAUGUACUUUACAUGGCAUUACCCCUUCUUCACAACCCUCUCCAAAGACCUGUUUUACCGGGACUAUGUUCGAGGGAUAUCCAGCCAAUAUUGCUCUUCUCUGUUGGUCAAUGCCAUCUUGGCGCUAGGAUGUCAUUUCAGCUCCCGAGAAGGCGCUUUGCAGGAUCCCCGCAAUUCGUCAACUGCAGGAAACCAUUUCUUUAAGGAAGCAAAGAGAUUGGUUUUGACCAAUGACGAGCACGAGAAUGUGAAACUCUGCACUGUUCAAGCGCUGGCGCUCAUGUCUGUCCGGGAAGCUGGCUGUGGCCGUGAAGGCAAGGGCUGGAUUUACAGCGGCAUGAGCUUCCGCAUGGCUUUCGAUUUGGGCCUGAACCUUGAUGUCACGAGCCAUGGUACACACAAUCUUGAUGAGGAGGAAAUUGACGCGCGGCGAAUCACGUUCUGGGGCUGCUAUCUCUUUGACAAGUGUUGGUCCAAUUACUUGGGUCGCCAGCCGCAACUGACAACGUCCAACUGCAACGUACCCAAAAUCGAUGUGCUUCCCAACGAGGAGGCAGAGCUUUGGUCUCCAUACACGGAUUCUGGGGUGGAUCACGAACGCACGCAGCCCUCACGGACACGAAACGUUGCAUUGCAGAUCUCCAAGCUGAGUGAGAUCAGCGGUGACUUGCUCAUUUUCUUCUAUCUCCCACCAUCUGCGGAAAAGACGCCUUCUAAACAACUGGAGCUCAAGAAACUCAGCGAGGUCCAUACUCGUCUUGAAGCGUGGAAGAAGGGAUUGCCUCAUGAAUUGGAACCUAAAGAGGGACAGCUCCCUCAGGUUCUAGUGAUGCACAUGUUCUAUCAAGUCCUUCUCAUCCAUCUAUACCGUCCCUUUUUGAAAUACAACAGGUCGACUUCGCCACUUCCUCAACAUGUCUCGCCGCGUAGACUAUGCACACAAUCUGCUUCUGCCAUCUCGAAGCUGCUUCGGAUGUACAAGCGUACAUAUGGCUUCCAACAAAUUUGCAACAUUGCAGUCUACAUUGCACACACCGCCUGCACCAUUCAUCUUCUGAACCUGCCAGAGAAGAAUGCCCAGAGGGACAUUAUCCAUGGGCUCCGGAAUCUCGAGGAAAUGGCUGAAAGCUGGCUCUGCGCACGGCGCACCCUUCGCAUUCUGGACAUAUCUGCCAAUAAGUGGCAAGCCCUAUUGCCGCAGGAGGCGUCUAUCAUCUUUGAACGUACACAUGCCAAAUGGGGAUCCUGGGGAUCCUGGGAUCAACCAACAUCCCCGUCCGCGAUUUCGGAGGAAUCUCCGCCAGCGGCAACGCCUCCUCGUAUGCCCACCGCUACAAUCAACUCGCCAUCGUCGCAUCCCGCGCUUUCUCAGCAAAGCAACUUCCAGUCCAUCUCCGCAGGCUUGGCUAUGCCGAUGACACCUCAGUACCAGCAAGGAAACACCAUCCCUACACCGGUCGCCGCUACGCAGCCGCCAAGUCGCCCAGUGAGCAUCCAGCGGCAAAGGCCCGAUAACCAGUUCGUACCAGAACCAACCUAUCUACGACCGGUAUCCCAUCUUUUCCACCCUGUUCAAGCCGUUCCUUUCACACAGCAUGAUGCGUGGUACGAUGCCAAUCCAAUGGAUAACCAACAAACAAGUCCAUCUGCCGGUACAGAUGCAUCCCCAAUGACUGGUGGCUUCGACGGUUCAACUACAAACCUCGUGGACGAAAGUCAAGACUGGUGGUCUCGCAACUAUAUGGGGAUGGGUAAUUGGGAGGAAGGAUGGAGUGGGAUUACUGGUUCUGCAACAGCACCAACUCCACUACAACAGUUGUCUCAUAUGCAGACAAUAGCAGGGAAUGACAGUGAAGUACCGUCGCAGACGAUGGCGUUGGGGCAGGGUCCUAAUUCGCCUGUUUAUGGGAGUAUGGGGUUUUCGCAAAAUCUUCAACAAUAA